AUCAGGAGGCAGGAAGAAAACAAAGUACACAGAUAAUACCGGUCACUCACUGCAAAAUGCAAAACGCUGCCUCCUCCAUUGUGACCUGGGAGCUGAGCAGCUGCUGCUUCCCCAGCGGGGUCUGUGCUGAGGAGAGACCUUCCUUCAUGCUCCUCCUGUACCCAGCCACGUGGGGGGAACUUUCUCCAGCUGGAUUUAGCCCCUUAGGGCAGCCCUGGGCUCCACCAGCAUCAACUCCUGAGCCGGAGACUCCAGGCUGCAGAAUGACGUCCAUGUUUCACUCCAGCUCAUCCCGUCCUCCCAUGGGACAGGGAGGAGAAAUGGCUGCAUUAGAGCCAGUUCAGGGGCCGGUGACCUUCGAGGAGGUGGCUGUGUAUUUCACCAGGGAAGAGUGGGCUCUGCUGGACCCCGCUCAGAGAGCCCUCUACAGGGAUGUCAUGCAGGAGAACUAUGAGAAUGUGACCUCGCUGGGUAAGAAUUCCCGUCCCCUCGGUUCUUAGAAGGGGAAAUGCAGAGUUAAGGUUCACACCACCCCCACAAAGCACCCUCCUCUCUUUUUCAGCAUCACCCCAACAUGCCAGUGACCCACACACUACCAGAGACCCUCCCCUGCUACAGAACACUUUGGGAACAGGGCACAGGGGCAGUUCACCACAAAGUCUAACAACUUCUCUUUGCUAAGGCAAAACUUGGGGUUAGGUCCAGCAUAACAAACAGAAGCUUCCAACCCCUGGCUGGCACUCAAACACUGAGCCUACACCACACACACCAGCUCAGACCAGCAAAAUGAUACCACUCCCUUACCCUCACCUCGAGGAUUCCUUCUGAGUCAUUGCCUUUACUUAGCUCUCACUAAGACCUGGAGAUUACUAGCAUGUAUCCCACUGGACUGCUGACAACCCCGGUGGCAAGAACACACCUUUGUGCACCUUUAUUGACACAAACUACAAUACUCAGCACUGAAAUGGGGCAGACUAGGCCCCUCAACUUUCACAUGUAUCUCUCUUCAUACCACAGUCACAGCUCUCCAAAGCUGCUCCAACUAAUCCCUCCACCUUUCCGUUACAGCUACACCUGAUAGAGUGCACACAGCUGGAGGGCAUGCAGAUAAAUGCUGGCAUUCCAGUCUGUAGAACAUAACACAAAUAAUGGCAUGUUCUCGUAGUCCUUCCUCGUAUCUGUUAUAGAUUCAUAGAUUGUAUGGCCAUAAAGGACUACUAGGUCAUCUAGUCCAUCCUCCUGUAUAGCACAGGGCAUAGAAUUUCUUCCAGUUACUGCUGAACUGAGCUGAAGAGCUUGUGUUUCACUAAAUCAUCUUCCUGAAAGUCUUGACCUAAAGACUUCCUGAGAUGGAGAAACCUCCAGGUCCCUUGUUAGUUUGUUAACGUUUGCACCACUCCCAGUGGCUAGUGCCAGGUC